CGCAGUGAGUUCGUGUUUUUGAGCGUCAAGCAGGAAAAGAGACGCUUCCUCCUCCCUCGCAGCGCGGGCCUCGAGAGCGUUUCCUGUCGAGCGCGUGAGUCACGUCCAUCUCCGCGAGCUCCGUCUCAGACGAGGGAGGAGAAUGAGACGCGAGGAGCUUUAAGAGCAUCGCUCCGGGGCUCAGACGCGGCGCGGCGCGUGAUGGAGCGGCUCGCUGUCGGAUCGGUUCUCCUCGUGUGUCUGCUGUCUGGUGCAUCAGCUCUGCUCCAAUCGGCCAAUCAGCACAGAGUGUGUCAGUCAUGUGACCCUCAGCCGGCGAGCUGCAAGUGGAAUCGGUGCGUGACCAGCUGCAGCGUAUCGAAGGCCUGCCCGGGUCCAGAUGACGUCUGCGCCGCCGUCUGGUGGAGGGACGCUGGAGUCGUGAUGGUGGAGACGAGGUGUCACGACCCCCUGCGCUCCCUGAAGGGUGUGAUGCUGGACAGCUACAACAGCUCAGACUGUGUGCUGACGGUCAUCAACGACUCCCCUAACCUGCGUGUGUGCGCCUGUACAGGACACGUGUGCAACGAGCGCGUGCUGCUCAGAAAAACUGCUGAGGAGGACGAUACAUCGUCCACGGCGGUUCACGGCGGAGGCUUCAGACUCCCUCAGCUCUGCAGGUUCUGUGACAUUGAAUCUACGGCGUGUAACGCCUCGGGCGUCUGCCAGUCCUCCUGCAACCUCACCUCCAUCUGCGAGAGCCCCGGAGAGGUCUGCGUCAGCGCCUGGAGGAGAAACAAGGGGAACGCCACCCUCGAGACGGUGUGUCACAAUCCUGCCUUCCCGUUUUACGGCCAGUAUCUGACCGACUACAACAGCUCCGACUGUGUGAUGAAGCAGGUGAAGGGCAUGGAGGACGACUUCUUCAUCUGCUCCUGCAAUCGGGAAGAGUGCAACGAUCACCUGCUCUUCACCCACGCUUCAACUCCGCAAGAAACCAUCAUGCAGAGUUUCCCGCCGGUGCUGCUGGUCAGUCUGGUUCCUGCGCUGAUCGCCGCCGUCGCUUUCAUCACCACCUUCUACUUCUGUCGCGCGUUUCAUCAGCAGAACCUCAAAGCGCCCAAAACCAAAGGCAUCGACAGCGAGACCUGCGCGAUCAUCAUGAGCGUCGACGACCGGUCCGACAGCAGCUCGGCCAACGCCAACAGCCUGAACCACAACACCGAGCUGCUGCCGAUCCAGCUGGACGCCAUCGUCGGGAAAGGCCGCUUCGCCGAGGUCCACAGAGCCAAGCUCAAGCAGGGAGCCACGGACGAAUCCUUCCAGAUGGUGGCGGUCAAAAUAUUUCCCUACGAGGAGUUCGCCUCGUGGAAAACCGAGUGGGAGAUCUUCUCCGACUCCGAGCUUCGGCACGACAACGUGCUUCAGUUCCUGACCGCCGAGGACCGGAAGUCCGGGCGACGCUAUUGGCUGAUAACGGCCUAUCACGAGCACGGGAACCUGCAGGAGUUCCUCACGCAGCACGUGAUCGGCUGGGACGAGCUGUGCCGAUUGGGCAGGUCUCUGGCGAGGGGCGUGGCUCAUCUCCACGCCGACCGGACGCCGUGCGGACGAGCUAAAGUACCCAUCGUGCACCGCGACCUGAAGAGCGCCAAUGUCCUGGUGAAGACGGACCUCAGCUGCUGUCUGUGUGACUUCGGUCUCAGUCUGAGGCUCGAUAACUCCAUGUCUCCUGAAGAACUGGCCAACAGCGGACAGGUGGGGACGGCGAGAUACAUGGCCCCUGAGGUGCUGGAGUCCAGGCUGGAUCUGGAGAACAUCGAGUCCUUCAAGCAGGCCGACGUUUACUCCAUGGCUCUGGUGCUGUGGGAGAUCACGUCCAGAUGCAGCGCUAUCGGAGAUGUGAGGGACUACGAGCCUCCGUUCGGGAAGCUGAAGGAUCAUCUGUGUGUGGAGAGCAUGAAGGAUGAUGUCAUCAGAGACCGACUGAGACCCGAGAUACCGGCCGGCUGGACUAACCACGCGGGCGUUCUUCUGCUGACCUCCACCAUCGAGGAGUGCUGGGAUCACGACCCCGAGGCCCGUCUGACGGCGCACUGCGUCGUGGAGAGAUUCGGCGACAUCGGCAGCGCCGCCAUCUCGCCCGUCAGCGCCGACACCAAGAGCGCACGGGAUUCUGGGAACGACGAGAAGGAGCCCUGAAGAGACGUUUCAGACAGACAUGUGACUUUUGCACUUUACAGGAUCGGCUGAACGCACCAAACACACGCUUGCGUACGGCACAGGUGACGUGUAUAUAGCUACGAACCCAUAAUCCGGAGCUCGCUAGCAAUCGUUAUAAGCUUCAGGGACAAUCUCAGUCUUGACGCAAAGGAUUCUGGGACAUGUGAACUCGCACCAAGACAGCCUUCGUGAACUUGCAGUGUUAUGAAGCCACGAGCGAUGAAUCAGAUCAAGUGUCCAUUUAAAGAAAUAUCUAUAAAUAAAUAUUGAAUCAUGUUUAAAAGGUUUUUGUUUACAUUGUAUUUAUAUAUACAUAAUCAAUACACACAGCACAUAUAUCAAACAAAUAAAUUCAGUUUAAUGGA